CUACGUGGAGUUGCCUAAGAUGGUCUCGUAAGCUCUCACCGUCACAGAGACUCCGUUCCGAAGGCUCCUGCAACCAUACGUACCGAACUCUCCGUACGUUCACAUACUUUCGUCCUCACAAACCUCUUCUCGAAGAGCCUACGCACUUGCAAAGAUGGUGCUGUACGUUAUCGGUCUCGGCCUGUCCGAUGAGAAGGACAUUACGGUGAAAGGGCUUGAGGCGGUCAAGUCAUGCGAACGGAUAUAUCUGGAGGCAUACACGAGUAUCCUCACUGUCGGGAAGGAGAGGCUGGAAGCGUUUUACGGGAAGCCGGUGGUCAUUGCGGACAGGGAAAUGGUCGAGUCUGAAGCCGACGUGAUAUUGAAAGAUGCGGAUAAAGUGAAUGUAGCCUUUCUCGUUGUCGGAGACCCGUUUGGAGCAACAACGCACACCGACCUCGUCCACCGGGCAACGGAGCUCUCCAUUCCAGUGAUCCCCAUCCACAAUGCCUCGAUCAUGAACGCCGUCGGCUGCUGUGGGCUGCAAUUGUACAACUACGGGCAGACGGUGUCCAUUGUGUUUUUCACCGAGACCUGGAAACCAGACAGUUUUUACGACAAGAUAAAGAUGAAUACAGACAUGGAAUUGCAUACGCUGUGUUUGUUGGAUAUAAAGGUGAAGGAGCAGAGUAUUGAGAACAUGGCUCGCGGCCGCAAUAUCUACGAACCCCCACGCUACAUGACCAUCAACACCGCCGUCGAGCAGCUCCUCGAAGUCCACGAAACCCGCGCCGCCGCCUCUCCAGAAUCGAAACCGGCCUACACAAAGAACAGCAUCGUCGUCGGGCUGGCCCGCGUUGGAUGUGACGACCAGAAAAUUGUGGCAGGGACGCUGGAGGAGUUGCUCACGGUCGAUUUUGGGGGGCCGUUGCAUUCGCUGGUCAUUGCGGGGAAGAUGCACUUUUUGGAGGCGGAGGUUGUGAAGGCGUUUGCGGUGGACAAAGAGACUUUCGACAAGUAUGCGGUUGUUUCGCAGCAUUAGAUCCAGAACGCCCUUUCACGGUUACCCGCCGCAGUCGGGUUUCAGUGAGAUGCGUAUUGAAAGGAGCAUGGACUGCGGGCUGCU